AUGGAUAACUCCAUGUAUUUAUUAACAGAAUAUGAAGAUCUUUCUUGUAUAUUUACUCCAUUAAAAAGUACAACUCGAAUAAAGUACACAUGUUUCAACACAUCAAAUAGUUACCUAAUAUUCGGAGCUACAAGUGGAAGCCUUUACGUCUUUCAAAGGGAGCCAUGUUGUUUUUUACAAUUACUUCCAAACAAAGAAGGAUCUGUAACACAAGUAUCUAUAUCUCCAGAUGAAAAAUUCAUAGGUUUUUCAACUGUCAAAGGUAUGGUGUGCAUAUUGGAAAAAACAUCGAAUGGAAUCAAACAUUUGAUAACAGCAACAGAACAUCAAAAUGAACAAGUUACUUGUUUGCAAUGGAACGAUGUGAAUAAUGAAUUAUUUGUGGGUGAUAAUAAUGGAAAAGUAUCUAUUGUGUUAACAUCAGUUUUUCCAGCCAAGGGAAUGUUUCAAACUCCCUGUUUUGUUUUGAUGCAAUUAGACUCGAAAAUUGUUCAAAUGGAUUUCAAUUCGAACAUGCUUUUAGUUUCUACGCUUACAAAAUGUUACAUAUGUGAUACGAAAAAAGAAUUGUUCAAACAAGUUGGACAUAAAUUAAGAGAUGGAGAAUAUGGUGCUUGCAUAUUUAAAACUAGAGAGGAAAAUAAUUCAGAUAGCAAUAAUACAACAACAACAACAGACAUAACAAAUUUAUCUAAUUUGAAAUUGUUUUGUGCUCGGCCAGGUUCAAGAGUUUGGGAAUGUGCCAUUGAUGGAACGGUUAUAAGCACACAUCAUUUUAAAGAAGCAUUGGCUGUUCCUCCUAAAAAAAUUUAUUUUUUAAAAGAUUUUAAAUCUAGUCAAAACGUGAAUUCAUCUCGCGAUGAUGAAAAGCACGAUGUUGUACAAACAAAUAUGAAUUUCACCGAGCAAUCAUUUAAUUUUCAAAAAUUAUACGCCUUCAUGUCGAAUAAAUUUUUAUUCACGUAUAAAAAAGAUGGCCUGUACAUAUUCGAUCCGGAAAAAUCCGUUUUAAUUUUGUGGAACAACGAAAUAACAAACAUUGUCGAUGCCAAAACCGUUAAUGACGUCAUUUACGUUUGGUCGGGUUUUGGCAAAAUGUACGCAUUGAACGUAGUCACGUUAGAAAAUUUAUUAAUAAGUUUAUAUUUAAGUAAAAAUUAUUUAGAUUUGUCAAAGAUAUGCGUUGAACAUUUGAAUUUUUUAUUAAAAGAAUCCGGGAAAAGUAAUAAAUUACACGUUUUGCACGAUUUAAACGAUAAAUUAUCAAGUCCGGAUAACGGUUACGGUGACGUAUUAAAACCCCUUAUAGAGAUAUUCAAAGAAAACGCGCGGAAAAAAAAAUUAGAAAACGUUCAAAGGAUAAAAUUUGAAUUUUAUAACGCGACGACCCAAAGUGAUCCCCAUCGCCAUCGCCAUAAUAAUAAUAAUAAUCAAAGUGAUGUAAAUAAAUUUUUUUUUAAAAAUCAUAAGAAACCUUUGAGGCCUUCGUAUUUAAAUUUAAAAGGACGUUCGCACAGCGUUUCACCGGAAAGAUUUCAAAAUGGAUUUCAAAAUAUCGAAAGAGGUAGCACGUCGUCACUUCCGGAUUUAAAAGACGAACAAAUAAAAACCAAAGAAGAAGAAGGAGAAGAGGAAAACUCGAUAAAAAUUGAUAAUAAUCGAUCGGAACGUUGUUUAAUUGGGAAAAUGGAAAAAUUUCCAGUCGGAAACGUGGAAAAUUCAAUUAAAAAAAUUUUGGAAUCGAUAAACGAUACCACCGGAAACGAAGAGGAUUCAUUAAAAAAUACCAUUCAAAAUUUUUUCGAUAGUUUUUUAGAUUUAGCGCGUUCGAAUAGUAAUAUUAAUAAUAAUAAUAAUAAUAAUAAUAAUAAUAGUUUAGAUAGUUUAGAUUCGUUGCCUUUUGAAAAAUUAAUUAAUAAUGAUGAUGAUAAAAAUAAAAUCUCAGGUUUUUUUCACGAAAAAAUAAAUUCUAAAUUUUUUUACGAAUGGUUGGAAAAUAUAAACGGAGAAAAUUUCAGGUCGAAGGAGAGAAACGAGGAAGGAGAGGAAGAGAUUGAUAAAUAUCCGGUUUUCCUCGUUGAAAACAUCGAUAAAAAAUGUUUGGAAUUCGAUUACAAACUAAGUAAAAUAUUAAAAUUAUUUUCGAAAAUAUUAAACGAGGAAAAAAUCGUGGAAAUAGUCAAAUCAAUGAAACUCGAAUGUUAUUAUAAAUCUCUAUUGGAAAUAUUAAAUAAUUAUUGUGAAGAUUGCACUUCCGUUUCCGGUAACGUAAACGAUGAUGACAUGAAAUCUUAUCCGAAAUUAUUAAAUUAUAUUUAUUCACUGAUAAAUCACGUGAGAAUGGAGGAAAUGAGUAAAUAUUUCGAUCGCGUCGAUAUAAAUGAUUUUUUUUACCUCGUUUUGAAACACGAAGAAAACAUAACGGAAACGGGAAAAUUUGGAAAAUUUGUCGAAUUGCAAAGCAACACGAUUUUUUUAACGUACCUGAAUAAAAUCCUCGAAUCCGACAGGGGAAAAUUCGAUAGGGAAAUGAACGAAACGAUUGAAAAUUACGCGAUAAAUUGCCUUGAAAAUUUCGAUUCCGCUUCGAGUUCCGUCACGGAUUAUAAUUGCACGUGCGGAUUUCCAAUAUAUAAAUUCCAGUCCGUGUAUCCGAUACCGAUAUUUCCAGAUUUGGGACACGCUUUGAUAUUGAAAAAUUGGAAAGUUAAAAACGAGAAAAAAUGUUUUGAAAUGUGUCGAAGGAUUCCGUACCUGUGGAAAUUAUUGAUAAAAGUGAAAAGAAAGGAUCCGUUCGAGUCGGUCAUUAAAUUGAUUAUACAAACUGGAGAAUUGGAAGAAUUGGAAACGAGAUCGGGAGACGGGAACGUCGAUUUAAACACGCUGGAAAAAUGUUUGGAUCUUUUGAUAAGAGUGAACGAGGGAUAUUGUUUGAAUUGUAACGAGAAAAUCAAAUCCGAGAGUGGUGGGGAGGAGGGAAUCGUGUCCUGGACAAAAUUCGGAAUGAUAUCCGUCAAGUUGUCCAGAAAUCCGGAAGACGCGUUGAAAUUAUUCGGGAAUAAAUCGAAAGAAAUAUUAAAUUCAAUGAAAAUGGAUAAAAAUUUUUAUCAGAGUUUAAUAUUUUGUUUGAUUAUGGGAAAACACGAUAACAACAACGACAAACAUAAGAAAAAAAUUAUCGAUAAAUUGUUGUUGUCGUCAUCGUCGUCGUUGUCGUUGUCCAUCGACAACGACGAAUCCGACGAUGGUUUAUCGAUAGCGUCGGAAAAAAUCGGUAGGAAAAUUUUUGGAGAAAAUUAUAGAAAUUCCGAAAGGGAUUUUUCAAAUCAUUGGGGAGUCAAAGUCAAUUACAAAAAUGUUUGUACCGUUUGUUCGUUGCCGUUAAACACGAAAGUUUUAAUCGGGGAAUCUGGACUCGUCGUAUUCAAAUGUUGUCGUCGUGUUUUUCAUUCUGCUUGUUUGUUUAAAAACGAUGGCGGUGGCGGUGGCGGUGGGGGUGUUGAUGAUGAUGAUGAUGAUUUGAAAUGUCCAAAUUGUGGUAACGAUGGGAAAAUGAAGACGAGCGCGACGACGACGACGACGACGACCUAA